AUGAAUCAAAAUAAGAUACGUCAUCGUAAACGACUUUCACAUCGUCAAUAUAACCUUAAGAUUAACAAAAACAAUAUAAGAGAUGAAUUAUUUUCUAUAUAUAACAGUCAACAACCAGAACAUCAUACUAAUUAUAUACAGAAAAAAUCUGACGGGUUAAUAUGUAGCAUUUGUGACGGAUCAGCACAUGGUUAUAAUUUCGAUGUUAUUUCAUGUGAAUCAUGUAAAGCAUUUUUUCGACGAAAUGCUUUAAGAUCUGAUGAAAAACUUGUAUGUCGAGCUAAUGAUGGUCAAUGUGUUAUAACAGUGUCAACACGGAAAAGAUGCAAAGCAUGUCGAUUAACAAAAUGUUUUGAAAAAGGUAUGCGAGCAGAUUGGAUAUUAACAGAUGACGAACGUAUUAAAAAAAAGGAGAAAAUUGAAGAAAAUCGUCGUCUUCGUCAAACACUUAUGUCAAAUUCAUUCGAAUCAGAUGAGGCAUCAUAUAUUCCAUUGAAAAAUGAACAGUUGGAAAAUGACGAUGUAAAACUUUCUCCUUUGUUAUUGUCAAUAUUAUUAUCAUCAAAAGAUUUAAAUCAAACCCAACAAAUUCAACAAGCAUAUAUAGAUUCUGUUCGUUUAACAUCAUUACCACCAUCAAUACCAUCAUAUCCACAUACAGCACGAAUAGAGGCUACAUGGGAUAUGUUAAAUUUUCCAGCAAAUAUACAGGCAUCACGUCUUAUUAGUUAUUUUAAACUUAUACCAGAAUUUUCAUCUUUAAAUGAAAAUGAUAAAAUGAUAUUAAUUAAAUAUAAUACAUUUACAUUAGUAUUUAUACGUUUAGCAUUAAACUAUGAUCCAUUAACUGAUUGUUAUCAUGAACAUAAUACAGAUGAUUGUGUAUUUUCUGGUCGAGAUUUUAUUCAAUGUUUUAGUUUACAUCAAUAUGUGCAAAUAACACGUUCUAUUGUUCGAUUAUUAAAUGCAUCACAAAAUGAUCGUCUUAUAAUACAAAUAUUAUUAAUAAUUAUGUUAUUUUCAAAAGGUUCAUCAAUUUUUACAUAUAUAGAUGAAGCUGAACCAAUAGUACAAGAUAUAUUAUCUAUAUAUCAUGUACAAAAUAUUUUCAUUGACUUAUUAUGGAAAUAUUGUGAAAUAAAAUAUGGUUUUACAAGAACAAUUCAUAUUUGGUUAAAACUUGUUACAUCUUCAAUAGAAACACAUUUACAAGCAUAUCAUAUUCGAUUGAAUUAUAUUAAAAAUGAGUUUAUUGCAGAUUACCUUGUACCACUUAUGAAAUCAGUUACAUUAAUCGUCUAG